CUUUCAAAAGCUCUUGACCAACAAAAACAUCCAUCAAUCGAACCAAUCUUGACCAUUCAGCCCCAUUGGACCCAUUCCAUCCACAUGUGAAGCACUACAGUACAGUACAACACAUGAUGACAUGAACGUGUGAUAUGUCCCAUACAUACUUACAUACAUACAUAUACACACAUGAUACAUGAUUGUUAAGAUUUAUUUACACUACAAAUAAGGUAGGGUUUGGGAGGCAGAGGCCAGAGAAGUUAAAAGUAGAAAGAUUUACUUACAGCAGAGAGAGAGAGUGAGCAGCAGAAGAAACAGAGAUUCCAAAAUCUGGUGAGGUGUUAGCAUCUCCUUUGCCUUUGGGUGGUGUGUGCCUCUCCACUCUUCCACCACUCCUCUCUCUCUAUUAACAUUACCCUCCACAUCUCCCCUAUUCCUCUCUCUACGCUCACUCAAUUUCCCCCGGAAGCAAAAAAACAAUGACCGACAGAGUUUUCCCCGCCUCAAAGCCUGCCACCAACGGCGCAGUCGCCGCCGCUAACGGUAAUGGCGCCGCAACCAAUCCAGCACCAGCCAAAUCUCAUCUCUACAAUCCCACUUCCCGGGCACCCUAUCGGCCUCAGCCACAUCACCGCCGCCAUCGCCGCAGCGGGCGGAGCUUCUGUUGCUGCUGCUGUUUCUGGACAAUUCUAAUUGUCCUAAUCCUUGCCCUGAUUGUCUCAGUUUGCGGUAUUGCGCUCUACAUCCUAUACCGACCUCACCGCCCUGAGUUCUCCGUCCCAUUCCUCCGCAUCCACCGCCUCAACCUUACCACCGCCUCAGACUCAUCCUCUUCUCACCUCUCCACUCUCCUAAACAUGACUAUCUUCAUCAAAAACCCGAACUCCCAUAUUACCUUCUUCUACGACCCGUUUGUUCUUACAGCUCUGUCUGACUCUAAUGAUGUUCAGCUCGGAAACGGGUCGCUACCCGGGUUCACUUUACAGAAGAAGAACGAGACGACUUUCAAAGGGGUUUUGAUUUCCGGGUCGAAUGAAUUGGAUGCGGAGUCGGUUACAGCAUUGAGAUCGGAUCUGAGGAAGAAAAACGGAGUUGGAUUGAUGAUCCAAAUGGAUACUAAAGUGAAAGUGAAGAUUGGUGGGUUUAAGGCCAAGAAAAUUGGGAUCCGGGUCAAGUGUGAUAAGAUUAAAGGGGUUGUACCGAAAGGUAAGACACCGUCGGUGGCGGUUACUACCAAGUCCAAGUGCAAGGUUGAUCUGAGAAUCAAGAUCUGGAAAUGGACUUUCUGAUUAAAUACUCUCUGUAUUUUUUUGAAUAUGUAAACUUUUGAUAAAUGGAUCAAUGGGUUUGAGAAGCUGAGUUGCAAUGGUGAGGAUCUUCAGGGGAAGAGAGAGAUUAUAAAUUUUUAUUUUUAUUUUCUUUUGAUGUAUACUUUUGUUGUUGAAUUAUUAGUAAGUUUUUCCAUGGA